UGUCGCAUAUUCCGUCGAUGUGUCACUCGUUCGUUCUUCCGAUCCCCUUCUCUCUCUCUCUCUCUCUCUCUCUCUGCUUCUUUUGCCCCUUUAUCCUUGUAGAACGAGCAAGUUCACGUUCUUUCUUGUAUGAAUCCUUAAACUCAGUAAACUUGGUCCACACAUUACUCAUACCCAAUUCUAUCUUUUGUGUGUGGGUUUUUGGGUAAACGCUAUUGCUUCAAUAUAUAUUUUGUUCUUGCGUGUGUGUGUGCGCGCGGCGAAAAUGACAACUGAAAUUCCAUUAAACCCUAUUAUUUGUUCAAAUGUAAACGGGAAACGAAAUUGAAAUCCCAAUUUUCCCAUUCUUAUUCUUCAACCAUCACAAAUCCACCACCUCUAAAAAGUUGAAUCCUUUCUCUCUUUCCAUUCCAUCAAGGUGCAGCUUCAUCGGAUACCCCAAAUUUUGUUCCGGUUUUCAAUUAUGGAUAUACGAGGAAAUGGGAUUUUCCCGGAUGAGGUGGUUAUUCAGAUUCUUGCAAGGUUGCCUGUGAAGCCCCUUUUUAGAUGCAAAACCGUGUGUAAACUCUGGUAUAGGUUGACCUUGGAUAAGUAUUUCAUUAAUCUCUACAAUGAGGUGUCUAGGAAGAACUCCAUGAUUCUGGUGGAGAUUUCAGAUUCAUCUGACUCCAAAUCUAGCUUAAUAUGUGUUGAUUAUUUAAGGGGUGUCUCUGAAUUUUCACUGAAUUUCUUGAAUGAUAGAGUUAAGGUUCGAGCAUCUUGUAAUGGCUUGCUGUGUUGCUCUAGUAUUCCUGAUAAGGGUGUCUUCUAUGUUUGCAAUCCUGUCACUCGUGAGUUCAGGUUGCUACCUAAGAGUAGGGAAAGGCCUGUGACUCGGUUUUAUCCGGAUGGUGAAGCUACCUUGGUUGGCUUGGCCUGCGAUUCAACAUAUCAGAAGUUCAAUGUUGUUCUAGCAGGUUGCCAUCGCACUUUUGGUCAUAGGCCGGAUGGAAGUUUCAUAUGUUUGGUGUAUGAUUCGGAGUUGAACAAGUGGAGGAAGUUCAUUUCGUUCCAAGAUGACCAUUUUACUCAUAUGAAUAAGAACCAAGUUGUUUUUGUCAAUAAUGCUCUGCACUGGUUGACUGUUAGCUCCACUUAUAUACUUGUGCUUGAUUUGAGUUGUGACAUUUGGAGGAAGAUGCCAUUACCAUAUGACUUGAUUUAUGGAAUGGGAAAUAGGAUUUAUCUCUUGGACUUCGAUGGCUGCUUGUCUGUUGUUCAAAUUUCAGAAGCAUGGAUGAACAUAUGGGUGCUAAAAGAUUAUUGGAAAGGUGAAUGGUGUAUGGUGGAUAAGGUGAGUCUGAGGUGUAUCAGAGGUAUGGUUCCAGGCAUUUUCCCAAUCAGUCAGACAGGUGAAUAUGUUUUUUUGGCAACUCAUAAGCAGGUUUUAGUGUAUCAUCGCAAGAGUCAAGUUUGGAAAGAAAUGUACUCUGUGAAGUAUAGCUCAACACUCCCAUUAUGGUUUUCAGCACAUGCAUAUCGCAGCACGAUGUUCUCAUGUAACUGAGGCAUGGUGACUACAUUAAAUAGCUUUUGUACAUAUGUUUCUAGUUGCUAGUAUUUGAUGCUUAUGUAGCCAGUGUUAUUUGCGGAAGGUAUUGUAUGUUUCUGGUACAUAAAAUAUUUACUCAUUUAGCCAUUGUUAGUUGCUAGUAUUUGAUACUCAUUUAGCCAUUGUGAUAUUGGUUUUUCCAUGGAGGUGUAGUAUUUUCCAUGUUCUCUUCUAACUUAGGUGUGGCUUCAUUAAAUAACCUUUGUAAAUAUAAUUUAGUUGCAAGUAUUUGAUACUCAUUUGGUCAUUGUUAUCUGCUGUAGAUAU